GCGCACAGCCUCAGAGACGCGGUGGGGGAACUCAGAACGUUUUGAUCACUCUUCCUCCUCCAAGGCGAACAGUCGACGCUUGUUUUGUUGUUGUUGUUCUUCUGGAUGUUUCUGCUCAGAACGCGUUAAUCUUCAUCGGGAUUCGGAGUUCCAGCCAGACUUCGAGGUGUUCGUCUUCUCUAACUUUAAACUUGCCUCUCCAAGAUGAGCGUCGCUAUGCGGGCGGCGGACGGCUGCUUCCUGUCCGCCUUGCAACCCAACUCGUCCCGCACGUCCUACGGCGUCCCGUCCGACAUGCAGAUCUCCGACGGGCCGUACGGGGGGGACGCCGCGGGGACCCGGGCCCGCAGGGUGCAGGAGCAGGUCCGCAUGCGACUGGCUGAGAAGAAGUGCUCGUCCAUCCCUCGACUGAACGGCUCAACAGAUUUCUGCCCGCCGCCCGUGAGGUGCUACACUGCCAACCAUGGCUUCAGCUCGCGCUCCCUGACGCUCACGCCCAGCCGCGUGCUCUCGGUGGCCACCGCCCCCCUCCCCUCGGCCUGCUUCUCCUCCCGCUCGGCCGUGGAGACGGACCACGGCCGCUUCAGGAUCAGCCAGGGCAGCUCCACCCUCAGGACCGGGGGGGCCCAGGGGGGCUGCCUCACCGGGGGGGUCGAGGCGGGUUACACCAUCGGGGGGGCCCCGUGGCCCCGCAACCGCCGCUCCAAGUCCUUGUGCCAGGAGGACAUGGAGGACAUCCAGGUGGUGGUGGGCCAGCCCCCAAACGGCACCCCCCACCAGGCGCAAGACGGCUGGGGGGGCGGGAUGCGGCGCAGCCUCAGUGGGACCCUGGCCCGGGCGGGGGGCGGGGCCAGCUGGCAGGACGAGCUGGCCUUCCAGCAGACCUACAAGGGCCCCUCCCACCGCACCAUCAGCCGCAUCACCAACCGCCAGCAGCAGCAGCAGACCCAGAGUCACCACCAGCAGACCCAGCACCACCACCAGCAGCAGCAGACCCAGAGUCACCCCGCUAAAUGCUGGGUCCCAGAGGGCUGGGCCGGGACGGGCAGCCGGCCUGGGACGGGCAGCCGGCCCGGGACGGGCACCGUGUCCGGGGGCCGCUGGGGGGGCCAGCAGCAGCAGCAGUACGGGGCGGGGGCCGGGGGGGGAUACCAGGAGCCCCUGUACCGGGCCGCCUCGUUGCACAGCGUGCGGAGCGUGGGGCGGGGCGCGGACCUGCUGGACCGCGCCUCCAACCACAGCGUGGACAAGCUGGGAGGAAUGCAGAGUCUGAACGUCCCCACGGCCGUCCGCUACCUCCUGGAGAGCGACCCGUCCAUCCAGGUGCAGGGGGCCGCCUACAUCCAGCACCAGUGUUACCAUAGCAACGAGGCCAAGAACCAGGUGCGGACUCUGAGCGGGAUCCCGGCUCUGGUCCAUCUGUUCUCCAGCGAGAACCAGGAGGUGCAGCGCUUUGCGUCGGGCGCCGCCCGCAACCUCAUCUACGAGAACGCCGACAACAAGGCGGCGCUGAUCGCGGCGGGGGGCGUGGCUAAGCUGGUGCACGCCCUGAGGGAGCCCGACGAGGAGCUGCGGAAGAACGUCACGGGCAUCCUGUGGAACCUGUCCUCCAAGGAGAACCUGAAGGAGAAGCUGUCCCGCGAGGCGCUGCCGGAGCUGACGGAGCGCGUGCUGGUGCCGCUGUGCUGCGCGCAGGACGCCGGCGCCAUCCUGCUCAGCCCCUCGGAGGAGGACGUCUUCUACAACGCCACCGGCUGCCUCAGAAACCUGAGCUCUGUGAAUGAGAGGACGAGGCAGAAGAUGAGGGAGAUGCGGGGGCUGGUGGACUCCCUGGUGGCCUACGUCAAAAACGCCCUGCAGGAGGACAACGCCAACGACAAGGGGGUGGAGAACACGAUGUGCAUCCUGAGGAACCUGUCCUACCAGCUGUACGCCGAGCUGCCCCACGCCACCCGCCAGCGCCUGGAGGGGCCGUCACGCGCCAACGCCGCCGCCAAGGGCAGCCAGGCCAUCGGCUGCUUCCCCCUGCAGAGCAAGAAGCUCAAGGAGCUGGACCCCGAGAUGGCCUCCAUGUUCUCCGAGGUGUCGGGGAAGCCGCGGGGGGCCGAGUGGCUGUGGCACCCCCAGGUGGUGGCGCUGUACAAGGCCGUGCUGCAGAACAACACCUGCAGCUCUGUGACCCGCGAGGCGGCGCUGGGCGCUCUGCAGAACAUCACCGUCGGAGAGUCCCGGUGGCCUGGCGUGCUGAGCUACGUCAUCCUGGAGCAGGAGCGCAUGCUGCCGCUGCUGCUGGAGCUGCUGGACACGCGCAGCGAGGAGGAGAUGAGGCCGCUGACCGGCCUGCUCCGCAACCUGGCCCGCCACGCCCGCGACAAGAGCCACAUGGCCAAGAGCUCGGUGAACGUUCUGGUGGCCAAGCUGCCGGACGACGGCCACCAGAAGGACCCCGGCAGCGAGGUGGUGGUGAACCUCUGUGGCGCGCUCAACCAGCUGGUGACCGGCAGCUCGCUGGCCGCCCGCGACCUCACCUUCUUCGAUGGCAUCCCCAAACUGCUGGCCAUCAAGACCUCGCAUGACAACAGCACCGGUGGACUGAAGGCGGCCAAGGCGGCGUCGACGGUUCUGCUGAACAUGUUCCAGUACAACAAGCUUCACAAAGAUUACAAGCUGAAAGGAUUUACCAGAAGGGACUUCACAGAAGGCAGCGUGUGAAAGAGCUGGCCGUAAGCCCCCCACUGAGCCUGGGCUGGACCACCGAGAAGCAGAACACCCCAGAACGAUGACGUGAUGUUCAGCACACGGCAGACUUUGAGCUGACGAUGCAUACGACCCCGGUGGAAGAAGGCAAAACACGCUGACGCAAUUCAAGAGCUGAGUGACAGCGGUGUGAUAAUCUGAUAGUGAUUAACAGUGGAUAUUUCUCUUAGGCACUUAACAAAGUUGACAUUCACUUUUUUUUGUAUUUGCUUGCAUAGAUGUUAAAUAUGACCAAAUCUGUCUGAUUUCUGUUUAUUUUCCUGUGUAAUUUGAUUGACAUGUUAACAACAUACAAAUAGUUCAUAAUUCAUGGCUUACCUUUGCAAAAGAGGAAUCUUUUUAGGCUUCAAAUGUGUGUUCCCUUACAUUGAGGUACUACCUGAUCUAUGCAUUCAUAGAGGGGGAGGAGCAGGAGAUCAAUAGAUCAUAAUAACAUCACUGACCCAGCGAGGGUGAGACAUCUUCUGGACGUCAACAGGCACACAGUCACAGUCAUAACCGGCCAUGGCUGUCCCUGUGGUUUGAUGAACUGAUCGCUUUAUUGAUGCAAUGGUUUUGUAAUAAUUAUAAAUUGGCUUUAUCUCUGCUGUUGGUAUAUUUUUUCUAUUCAAACAAGCUAACGCUGGUAGAGAUGUACAUGUUUCACGAAAUGUGUGACAUUAAAAGCAAUAACCUUG